AUGUCAGCUUUUGUAGAAUUGAAGCCUGGCCAGGCACAGUUUUUCUCCUCCUUUCAACCUUCUCUUACCCCGGGCGACUACCUAGUGAAAGUUACGCAGGAGGUGUCGCCAGAUGGAAAAAACCCUACGACUCUCUUUACAGACAAGAAUUUCAAAGUCCAAGGGCCAAGUGAAUAUCGACUCCCUGCCGGCUCGAUUCACUCCAUUUACCCGGGAGAAGGAGAGUCUGUGCCUUCCAAAGUAUUGCCUCAAAUCACGCUCAGUGAUCCUCAUAUACCAUGGGAGCUGAGUCCAGACGACAAUCAAGCCAUCGCCAACCAACACCUAGAUGGGUCGCUUAUACCAUGGGUCGCUUUGCUGGUCUUUGAAGAAAAGGAGAUCGAGACCUUUCCCACCAUCGAGGCAAGACCUGAGCCAUCUUCAACUUUGUCACUUCGGUUGAGUAAGAAGCAGCUGCAAGAGUUGAAGACCUCAUCCGAUCCAGUCCCAUCGCCCAUUCAAGUCCCGUUAUCCAGCCAAGGCCUUGAUACAGAUGCUAAUGAUGGCGCCAACCUUAUUUUUGUCAACUCCUCAGCCUUUCGAGCAUAUUUCUCUAAGCAGAUGGGAGACACUGAACAUGAGCCAGCCAUUGCACGGUACUCAUAUCUAUCCCAUAUCCGACGAUCACGCUCAACAAAACCACGGGAUUCGACCACAGAUACUUUCAGCAUUGUUCUAGGUCACCGAUCUGGUCCAUUGGAGAUUGAAUCUCCCACCACUGCAUAUGCCCAUCUUGUUUCUCUCAUGGGAGUCUCGAAAUUGAGCAUGCCCGGCGAGUCAGUCUUAACAGGUUUGGUCUCACUGUACUCUUGGUCUUUCAAAUGGACAAAAGGCAAUGACGGCGAGAUCAAAAACGUAAUUGAACAAGCAUCGAAGAACGUCAGGCCAUUGGCGCGGAUUCUGGAACCGUCAACAGACCAAUGGCUUAGACGACGCCUUGAAGCUGGCUACACCAUGGCCAAACACCGGACCCAAACGGGAGAACAGACUGCAGCACUUUUUCGGGGUCCGCUGAUACCCCAGAGACCGCGAGGAGAUGAGCUGGACAGUGCUGAAGCAUCAGGCCAUGGUUCCGGGCUACAAAUCAUCGACAAAACAACCGGUAUUAUCGAUAUCACAUACUCGGCAGCAUGGAGUCUUGGCCGAUCAUUGGCGAUAGAGAAUUCCUCGUUCACCAUGGCUAUAUCUGCAUUACGAACGAAGAUCGCGCAGUUGCAGCGGAAAGGCUCGUCGGCAGCAUUCUCUGGCGGAAAUUCUCAAGUCUCACAGGAUGCCACACCGCCUAGCUGGUAUGAGAAGCUCAAGCAGAUUUCCCAAGGCAAAGCGGACUCAAAAGCCCUACUGGCAGCUGAAACAGGAUCUCGAUGGAAGAAAGCAGUUCGAGAAAAGUCUCCCGAAUCAAAAAUUAAUACGGCUAUGUCUAGUUCUAGCGAAGAGACAUAUGGCAACCCUGUUAGCGAGUUUCUUGAAAAAGAGGUUGACAUCUUGGUUGAUGACAAAGUUUGGUACGCAAGAGAACUAGUAGAACCUACGCAGGAAGGACUCUACCUGGCCAAAGUCCUCGACUUUGUCUAUAAUCAGCUCCUCACACUUCAGGCAGUCCCACACAACUAUAUGUUUCCCGAGCCCGAUAUUCUCGAUACUGAGGCCAUUUUCACAUUCCACAUUGAUCCGCUCUGGCUUGAUACCCUCGUCGAUGGCGCUUUAAGCAUCGGAAGCCACAGCACCGUCAGUGAAGACUGCACCAGAAACCAAAUCAAAUGGGCCAUCAACCUUUACCUUCAAAAGGUGGAGCUUAAGUACAGGCAGCCGAGGAUUCCUCGAUGGGGAGUUAUCAUUUGCGGCACACUUCUCAAGACCUUCGAUGAUCCUCGUGUCAGAACUGGGAUUUCUGAGGCACCGUCACCUGAAUUCCUGGUGAAUAAAAAGCUCAGCGAUAGAGCCUUGCUACUCAUCCUCAACUGCAGGCCAAACGAUCUGCCUUCGGGUCUGACGAUAAGUCAAGCCCCUCACCAACAGCGUUUCGCUGUAGGCAAAGUCUUGGAGCCAAACAGGAUCGAAAUCGAGCCUGUUGGCGUUCUGCCAGAGAAUUUAAGUACUAAGAUUGAUGCCGUAAAAGUUCCAGCUAUCAUACAGGAAUUAGGGUCAUCAACGGUGUUCAACUUUGUGACGGGAUGUUUGAAUCCAUCAAAGAUCAUGGAGAUAUACGUUCCGGCUGCUAAGAGCGAAGGGGGCGACUAUGCUGCAACUGGGUCCUCAGCUCUUCUAUCAUUUGUAUUAGGUGAUAAGAUACAAGAAUUGUCUAUCAAGGCGACAAAGGAUCCAUCCAACGCAGACAGAGAGCUCCCACUGCAGCCGUUUCAGCUGAGCCACAAGAGUCGCGUAGGGGAUUCCAAGAUCAUGAAUCUAACAAAGCUCAAACCCAGCACUGGCUCCAUCAAGCUCGGAUUCAGAGUCUUCGAUGAGAAGGAGAAGGUCUCAGCAGCAAGGCCAAUGAUUACUGAGAGCUCAGCAAAAGCAUCUCUUCUGACUGCCAGCACAACGACUUCUAUACAGGAGGCAUCUCCUUACACUCAUGCAAGCACUAUCACGACAUCUUGCAGAGUCUUGAAAAAGCAUUCUUUGGACAGCGGAACACGUGUUGUUGAUCUUAUCGUUACCCUCGAACCCACACAAGCUGAGCCACUAAGCGGUGACAAUUUCCAAGGAAUUAACGUGUCCUUUCCCUUGACUGAGUUGGUAGAUACAAAAGCAGUCACUCCACCGAAGGUCACAUUGUUCGGCCAGGAUUCUGCUCGCUGGGUGUCCGGCAGCGCUUAUGUUACGGGAGACAAGCCCUGCUUCACUGUCAAGCUACGGCUACGGGCACCAGGGCUCGCAAAAAAGGUCAACUUUGGAUUUCUACUGAGCAACGUGGUACUUUCGGACCAUAUUAGUGAUGAUGUCCUGGUUGGGGUUGAGGAGGAAUACGGCUCGGAAAGGCAUAAUUUGAGUGGUGCGGGGUCACAAGCAAGACUGGUAAGGCAGACGUGUUCGAUUGGAGGCCUCAAAAUGGACGAUUAG